CCAACAUGUUUAAGUGAGGAGGUCCCCUCACCACUCUUGUGCUUAUCGUGUGACGCCAAGACUGGCUGCCCAAAACCGGCCAUGAAUGCGGGGGAAACAGAAGCUAAGGGUUCUGGAAAUUCAAUUGCUGACCACCUUGCCUCUUGCCUUUCUCCUCCUUUGAUGCUUGCAGUUCUGCCGUCUCUAAGUGGAAGUGAUCCUAGCACUGAAACUGAUAAAUACACUGAGAAGUGAACACACUUCCGACUGGCCUGUUCUUUAACCCAUUCACUAUUCACUCAUUGAUUGUCGGGGCGCAUCUACUAUCAUGGGCGACUACGGACAAGAAGCGACAUCGCUCGAGACGCGAACACUAACCACCCCUCCUUCCACCGCUACUGAACCCGAUGAGAUCUCUGUGCUGGUCACAGGCUUUGGGCCAUUCAAAACGAACCUGGUCAAUGCUUCUUAUCUAAUCGCCUCAUCGCUCCCUCCUUCCUUCACAUUCUCCACCACCACCACCACCACCCCCGACUCAGCGCCUUGUCGCGUCUCAAUCCAUGUCCAUCCUUCUCCAAUUCCAGUUGCCUACUCGACCGUGCGGACGACGCUGCCCGUGAUCCUGGAAGAGUACGCCAAGGCACACGAUGGCCGACGCCCGGACAUCAUCAUUCACAUGGGCAUAGCGGCAACAAGGAACUACUACUCGGUGGAGACCCAGGCCCACCGCGACGCAUACCUCAUGUCCGACAUCAAAGGCCGAUCGGGCUACGAGGACGGCGAGCGUAUAUGGAGGGAGCUUGACUUGCCUACCGUUCUCACCGCGGGGCGUGCAAGUGCAUCGGUGCCAUCGGCGAAGAAGUACCUCAACGCUCAUCCACCCGACACCGACUUCCUGAUGGCGUGGCAGUCGUUUGCCGGUCCAGACACGGACGUUCGGAUCUCGAACGAUGCGGGACGAUACCUCUGCGAGUUCAUCUUCUACUCGAGUCUGUCGCUGGCCUACCAAGAGGGCCAGGAUCGGAAUGUGGUCUUCUUCCACGUUCCUGGUUCCUGCACUGAUGAGCAUAUUGCAGCUGGCAAGGACGCCGCCAUUGCGUUGAUCAAGGCUCUGGUGACGAGUUGGGUGGUCAGCGGUAGCAGCCCGGCCUAGGCGGAGUUAUUCGCAUGCUUCUAGCAUUUUAGACACAUUGGGAGGCAUUAUUGCAUUUGGCAUAGCCUAAUUUUACUACUUUCAUAAUGCAGUGGACACCGUCGGAAAUCCAGUGGAAAGGUCAGACAUGGCGUGGGCAGGAAGAAUUGUAGUUAGUGCUAAGCUUGAGCUGAGCUGCAAUCAAGGGAUCCAAAGAA